AUGUCCACCCCUGCUUCAAUAGCCAACCAGUACGAGGUCACUCUGGGUCCCGAGGACGACCCCAAGAGGAUCGGCACCGGGAGGAAGUGGGUGAUCACCCUCGUCAUCUGCAAUGCCGCUCUGUGCGCGACGUUCGCGUCUUCAAUUGCUUCCUUCACAGAGACCGGACUGCAGCGCGAUCUACAUACAGUUCGCGAAGUCACUAUCCUCAGUAUCUCUCUGUAUGUCCAGGGCUUGGCACUGGGGCCGCUUCUCUUUGCUCCACUGUCUGAGGUGUAUGGACGCAACAAUGUCUACCGUGUUUCGUAUUUCCUCUUCUGGGUCUUCACAUGGCCUAUUGCCUUCCCGCCAGACAUCGAGACGUUUCUCGUCUUCCGCUUCCUCACCGGCUUCUCGAGCUCCGCGUUCCUCAGUGUCGCAGGCGGAAGCGUGAGCGACCUGUUCGACAAUAAGCAGGUCGCAACGCCGAUGGGUGUGUACACCUUGUCCCCCUUCUUUGGUCCCGUUCUGGGGCCCUUGAUCUCUGGCAUCAUCUGCCAAAAUACUGACUGGCACUGGGCGUACCGUGUAUGUCUCAUCUAUGAGUUCGUGACCCUCGUUUCACUCUUGGUAUUCGUGCCGGAAACGUACGUCCCCGUUCUGCUCAAGAGAAAGGCCGCGAGAUUGCGGAAGAAGACGGGCAAUGAGAAGUACUGGGCGCCGCUCGACCGCCGCGAAGGAUCGCUGACGCACGCGAUUAUGGCGAGUAUCUACACCCCCUUCAAGCUCUUGCUGUUUGAUAAGAUGGCGUUGUCGCUGAAUACCUGGAAUGCUCUCACACUCGGUAUCCUCUACCUCACAUUUGAGGCGUUCCCGGUCAUAUUCGGGGACGUGCACGGAUUCACGUUCCAGGAGACUGGCCUGGCAUUCCUUGGUAUGGGCGUCGGUAUGAUCGCUGCACUGUCAACGCAGGGUCUCUGGAAUCGCUACCACGACACUGUCGCCGCGCGUCACGGCGGGAAGCUCCCGCCCGAGACCCGGCUGGUGAUGGGCAUGGUCGGCGCGGUGCUCGCGCCCGUCGGGCUCUUCUGGAUGGCGUUCACGACGUACCGCGCGGUGCCGUGGAUCCUGCCGAUCAUCGCAUCCUCGCUCUUCGGCGCGGCGAUCAUCUUCAUCUUCACGUCGACGUUCACUUACCUCGUCACCGCGUACCGCCCGAUCGCCGCGAGCGCGAUGGCGAGCAACACCGCGCUCCGCUGCUCGUUCGCCGCCGCGUUCCCGCUGUUCGCCGUGCAGAUGUAUGACAGGCUCACGACGGUGGGGGCCACUGCGCUGUUGGCGGGGCUCAUGACCCUCAUGGCGCCGCUACCAUUCCUAUACUACAGAUGGGGAGAGAGGCUGAGAGCACAGUCGAAGUUCGCCGUUGUAGAUUUGUGA